AUGCCGUUGGGGAAAAAGGUCCGCUCUUCUUCAGCUUCAGGGAGGCUAGAAACCCAACAUGUCAUCAGCAUCCUCUCUGAACUGAGGAAUACAGCCGAGAGGACAAGAAACAGCUCUGGGCCAGGUAGCCGGGGUGAGAAAGUCACUGAUGACUUCUCAGCGCUGAGACGAGUGGGUGUCAGCGAGGACAGGAAAGAACAGCCUGAAUGGAUGGUUGGAGAGCUGCUGAAACAGAACAGGCGAAGACACUCUGUCACACUCGGAGACCAGGCUCAAAUCAUGAGGCAACAACACCAAAGUAUUGACUCAACUCACGGACUCUGCAGCCUGCAGAUUGAUGAGACGAUAUCACUCGACAGCCUCCAGAAGCUAAAACUUGGAUUUGAGAGCAGUGCGCAGAUUCGAGGGUUAUUUAAGAAGAUUGAUUAUUCAGGCCAAGGAAGGAUUUCAUGGGGCGACUUCUGCACACACAUGCUGCAGGAGCACAAAGAGCGGCAGGAAACUGCAAGACGCAGUAAGCAGGUGGCCUUCACUCUGCCAGCCACGAUGAAAACGCUGUGUCACGGCAUCCCCAUCGCCAACAUCCACCCCACCCAUGACGGCACCACCGUCACAGUGCGAGAAGACGGGGUUGUUUGCUUCUGGAGCCCUGAACUGAAACCACUGACGACCAAACACGUGUUUAAUGACGAACCUGCAAACAGGAAGUCAAAGUGGGCGAGUGAUUUUACUCUGAUGACAGAGUACAACAAGCUGAUGAUUGGAACGGGGGACAGAGAAAUCCAACUUUAUGAGCUUUCCAAUCUGGAGCCCUAUUGCCAGAUCAAUGCGUUAGACACAGUGCCUCUGACUUUAGACUAUGGCUGCACCGGCCCUGACAAAUGUUGUGUUCUGUAUGGAGACACUGAGGGUUGUGUGACUAUCAUUCUAAUAUCUUCGGUCGCAGAUACUCUCCGAUUAUGGAAUAAAUUACCGAAAAUGGAAAAUAUGCCCAGCAUAGCGAUUGACAAUGCAGUGCUUUCUCCUAAUGUGACUUUUGUCAGAUGGAAGGUUCAUCAGGACUGGGUGACACAGGCAAAAUACUUUCAAAGCUUUCAAGCUGUCGUCUCCUCAUCAAACGACGAGUCCUCGUCUCUUGUUAUAGGCUGCGUGCUGCCUUUAACAGACGCUGAGCAGCAGUUGAGUGAGAUCAGAGAGGCCUGCUACGAAGGUAAGAGCAAGAAGAUCCAACUGAGCUGGACGCCACAGCUCCGUGCGUCACGUGACCAGACAGCUUUCACCAUCCAGAAGGGCGUGAAGACGUUCGACCUCUGUCAGAAGCACAGCUUGCUGGUCACCGGAGGAAUGGACAGACUCAUACGCUUGUGGAACCCACAUUUUUCUGGGAAACCAACCGGUAUUCUGAAAGGCCACUCUGCUCCCGUCGUCUACCUCUGCAUAGAGCGAGAGGACAGUCAGAUCUUCUCUGUCUCACUGGACAACACUGUGAAAAUCUGGGAUAUUCACGAUCAGUGCUGCCUGUUUACAGCAGACCCCAAAGCAAGUGCGAUUCAUGGUGACAUAUCUGCAUGCUCGUACUCCUCUGCUAUGAAAUCCCUCUACAUCGCAGCAGACUGCAUGGCUGCGCUCUCCCUGAAGAUAAGGCCACGACUUCACAGCCGUCUGACUGUUUCACAUAAUGAGCCUGUAAUGUGCUGCGGCUACAGCGAGGAGUUUCGUCAGGUUGUCAGCUGCGCAGGGGGAUCUGUGGUGAAGGUCUGGGAUUUCGACACUGGCCGUCAGGUUUUUGAAUUCGGUGGCGGACGUGACCUUUCAGUCAUCACCUGCAUGACUUUUGAUUCCAAAGGGAGGAGACUCAUCACAGGUGGGAGAGACGGUUGUUUAAAGAUUUGGAACUUCAACAACGGUCAGUGCCUGAAGACACUAAAGAAGGGUGGUGAAUGUCAGGAGGUGUGCGACUGCAUCUUUCUGAAAGUUCACAGGAAUUUCCAUGUGAUGUCUGUCGGCCGGGACCGCAAGAUUGACAUUUACUCAGACACACCCGAGGACCUUCAUCACAUCCAGAGGCCGCAGCCUUCGUGGCAGGACGAUCUGAAAAAUGGCCAUAAAGAGGACAUCCUUUGUGUGGCACAGUGUCCUCCAUCUCUCCUAGCCACCAGCAGCUAUGAUGGAGAGAUUAUAGUGUGGAACGUUGUUUCAGGACGUAUACAGUGUCGGUUUGUCACCCCUCUUCCAGCUGAGCAGCAAAAUGUUGAAGCGAUGGACACAAGUGUUCCAAGCAUCACUUUCCUGAAGAACCCCAAGCUACAGCAGUUUUCCUCGGCUACAGCUCUCGUGUCGUCUGGGGCGACGGGCCGUAUAAAUCUCUGGAGCGUGCUCGGUGGAGGAAAAUUUGUGGGCAGUUUCAAAGCUUCUCGAUUCCAACAAAAGAUUACAAAACUGGCGAAGACAGACAAGACGACGUUGCUGUACGCUGCUGACAGAAUUGGUUACAUCUAUGUUUACGACUUGGAAAAGUUUGCCCCCGAGCAAAAAUCACCAAGAGCUGAAAACUUCUGGCGUGCCCACACCUGCAGAAUUACUGGCCUGCAGAUUGUUGACAAUGAUCAAGUGGUGCUUACCUCAUCCACUGACUACACUGUGCGCCUUUGGAGUGUGCAUGGAAAAUUCAUAGGGUCCUUUGGGCAGCCUGAGAGCUGGAGCGUCCACAUCCCCUCUUCCUGGAAGCAUCCCGCUGUCCCCUAUGAGGUUCUGAUUGAUCCUCUAAGUCUGCCAGAUCAUGAAAUUCUGAAUUUAAAAACACCUCUUUCUGAUGCCAUCAAGCCUGGUGAGACUGAGGCUCACAGAGGGGAACUAAAGUCUCCAUCUGGUCGGGCUGCCUGCAGGCUGCGCUCAGUGACCUCAUCCCGCCAGCAGAGCGCGUCCCAGCGCCUCGGACUGAAAACGGAGAUGCCUCCUACCGGAGCACAAACCCACUCCCCCGUUUUCUGA